AUGGAGACCAUCAAGGGUCUCCUGUGGAAGCCCACGCCCGAAGAGCAGAAGCGCAAAUGCAAUGCCCUCGUGCGCCAGAAUGUCCGAAAGCUCGAUCGCGAUAUCCAACAGCUCAAGGCCACGGAGCAAAAAACCAAAAACCUCAUCCAACAGUCAUCCAAACGCGCCCAGCGCAACCCAGCCAUGGCCAAGCAGGCCAACCAAGACGUCCGCAUCUUCGCCCGCGAACUGAUUCGCGUGCGGAAACAAAACAACCGUCUCAUGACAUCCAAGGCACAGCUCAACAGCGUGCAAAUGCAGGUCAACGAGGCCUUCUCUGUUAGGAAGAUUGAGGGCAGCAUCAAGGCCAGCACGGGUAUCAUGAAGGAUGUGAACAGUCUAGUCAGACUUCCAGAGCUGACAGGCACCAUGAGGGAGCUCAGCUCUGAGUUGAUGAAGGCGGGAAUCAUUGAGGAGAUGCUCGAUGACACGCUGGGCGAGAAUGAAAUGCUGGAAGGGGAAGCUGAGGAGGCGGAAGAGGAAGUUGACAAGGUGCUCAGUGAGGUGCUCAAGGAUCGGUUACCGCCGAGCAAAGCUCAAGAGGAGGAGCUUCCUGCUGCACCCCAACCAGAGGAGGAAGAGGAGGAAGACCAGGCAGAGAUGCUGGCUCAAAUGCGGGGCCGACUCGAGGCUCUCAAGAGCUGA